CACACUCCCCAGGUCCCCAAUCUCCACACAUGCAUCCCCCUCUCCAUCAUCAUCAGGAUGGAAGGGUACAUCCCGGGCCAAGAGGAAGACACACUCUUUACUGUAGUUCUUCCAUAUUUCACCCAACUUCUGUCUCAGUGUUCUUUGGUCUUCAGAGGAUGAGAAUCUGUUCCAGUUUUCCCCUGGGCUGGUAUGAAGACCCUGUGAGAGCUGUGGGGCACCUGGCUUCAGGGCAGUCUUGCCUGACGCAAGAUGGAUGUUGGUUGCUGGUUGCUGGUUCCCUUGCGUGCGUGGGCGAGGAACCGUCCGCUUCUCAGGGCCUGGAACGCCCGGGCGCCCGGUAUUGCGGGCGGCGCCGUCAGUCCCUGGCUGCGCGCGGGGCGGGGCCUCGGGGCGCGGGGCGGGAUUGGCCGGCCGUGUUCGUUGGGCCCCGCCCCCGGCCAACAUGCCUAGUUUACACUGGGGCGGCCGGAGGGCGAGUCGGUGCGUGGUGACGUCACCGCGCCGGCUCCUCCCGACGCUUGAGGCAGGCUCCGAGACACCGGCGGAUGCGGCUGCGGCUGCGCGAGACUAUGGGGGCUCAGCAGAGCGGCGGCCAGGGCGUCCCGGAGCCCACACAGCCCCAGCCAGCGGCACCGGAGGGCCCAGAGCGACCCCGGCCUCAGCCUCAGCCCCAGCCCGAGCCCAGCCCGUGGGGCCCGCUGGACGACGUGCGGUUUCUCAUCGCCUGCACCUCCUGGUACUGACUCCGGAGGAUGCCUCCCGCCUGCUGCCUCCUGUCGUCCUUGCCCGCCUUGGCCCACGCCCCUGUGUCUAUCUUACCGCCCCUCUCCCAGCCUCAGCGCUCUGGAGACCACAGAGAAUUCGAAGAGGUCGCCGGGGACUAGAAGCCCCCGUGGAGAGGCCUCCGGAGCCUCUCCCCCAGCCUGCUUCCCAGCCUGCACCCAAACUCAGCUCAGACCUUCAUGCACGCCCUCAUCCUCUUCAGCUGCCCUGGGGCAUCCCUCCCUGUCACUGUCUUCCAGUACCAGGCCAGGGCUCCUGACCUCGUCUGCCUCUUAUUACUGAGAACCAAGCUCGUGCCUGUGUCCCAGGUCAUGGCACCAUGUGCCUUGACUUCAGAGAUGCUCUUGCCACAAUGACCCUCCCCAUACUCCUCCUGAGGGGUGUUGCUCCCCUAUCUUGGAUCCAAAUGAGGCAUCAUCGGGCUGUAUUCCUGGGACCCCAGUAACACUGGGCCUCCAGGGUCAGCCUUUUGGAGAGGAGGGAUAUAUGUUUGCUGGUCUGGCAGAUGAAUUCGUGGGGCAGCUCCCAGACACCCCAGAGCACCCUGUUCUCCCAGAAGCUUCUUAAGCUCACUCUUAGAGAACCCGAUCUUUGUUCCCACGUCCCAGGAAAGUGACACACUCUGUAUUUCUGUUUUAUUUAGAAAUGAUUUAAAAAACAUUAUACAAAGGCUGAUCAGUUUAAAAUGUGACUGACACUGAAAUGCUGUGAUGUUCCCCAGGCUGAGGGGAAGCUGGGCUCUGGGGCCCCCAGUGCUUUGCCCCUCUGUCCAUCUGCCCUGUCCUGGGGUGGUGGACAAACACAUGACAACAGGCAGGAGAAUCUGAGAUUGGAAGCCUCUAGGCUGAGCCCUCUCUGGGCCUGGCCCCACAUCCCUCACGUCUGCAGCCUGGUCUGCCUGCCCCAUCCCCUGCUCUUUCUCAGCUGGCCUAGGUAGUACCAGGAGCCAGCGGGGAGCCUGGCGGGAGGUGGGGGGUGCCUAGAGCUUUCAAGAAGUGAGAGCACCAACCUGAGGAGUGGAGAGGGACCAGCAAGGGAGGCCAGGAAGAGAUGGAUAGAGGAGACACUUCUCAUCUCAUCUCAGACCCUACAGGGUCCACAGAUGGGGACAUGAGACCCAGCCAGCCCACUGGAUGGCCUGGGCAAGUAACAUAACCUCUCUGUGCUUCAUCUGAGGGCAUGAUGAGAGUUACCCUCGGCCUCCCAGGGCCUACACGAGUUUCAUGUGAGUGGACAGGUGUGAGCUAAUAAAGUGCUUUGCAAAGUAUAAAA